CAACUUUGGCACAAAUCAGAUUGCAAUAUGGGUUUUGCUCCAAUUAUUCGUAGUUCCAUUUCUAGAAAGCUACUGCUUUCUUCAAGACCCAACUCCUCGAUGUUAUCUUCCUCAUGGGUCUUGACUGAUCGGAGUAGAUCCUUGUGUGACCUUGCUACCAAUGACAACAACGAUGGGAUUGGCAAGAAUUGGAGGAACUUCUCGUUGAUGGCUGGAUACAACGUGAGCUCAAGUGGGUACAUGCGUGGGACUGUGUUCUGGGAAUCCAAUAAGCCCUUUACCAUUGAAGAAUUUCAUAUGCCCCGCCCUAAAGUUGGAGAGCUUCUCAUCAAAACCAAAAGUUGCAAGCUAUGGAGUGUGCCAUUUUGACCUUCAUGUUAUAAAAGGUGAAAUUCCAA